AUGCAGGAAGCUGGUUUUCAGGCCACAAAUGCUUUCACAGAGUGCAAAUUCACCUGCACCAGCGGUAAAUGCUUGUAUCUUGGUUCACUGGUCUGUAACCAACAGAACGACUGUGGGGAUAACAGCGAUGAAGAGAACUGUCUCCUGGUGACAGAGCAUCCACCUCCGGGCAUCUUCAACUCGGAGCUGGAGUUCGCCCAGAUCAUCAUCAUCAUUGUGGUGGUCACAGUGAUGGUCGUGGUCAUCGUCUGCCUGCUGAAUCACUACAAGGUGUCCACGCGGUCUUUCAUCAACCGUCCGAGUCAGAGCCGGAGGCAAGAGGACCGGCUGCAGCAGGAAGGGCGCUUGUGGCCUUCAGACAGCUCUGGUCCUCAGCCUGGUGGCUCAGAGAUCAUGUAUGCCCCACGGUCUCGGGACAGGUUCACUGCCCCAUCCUUUAUCCAGAGGGACCGGUUCAGCCGCUUCCAGCCCACCUACCCCUACGUGCAGCACGAGAUUGACCUCCCCCCCACCAUCUCCCUGUCUGACGGGGAGGAGCCGCCUCCUUACCAGGGGCCCUGCACCUUGCAGCUCAGGGACCCCGAACAGCAGAUGGAACUCAACCGAGAAUCUGUGAGGGCCCCGCCCAACCGGACCAUAUUCGACAGCGACUUGAUAGACAUCUCCGUGUACAGCGGAGGGCCGUGCCCGCCCAGCAGCAAUUCGGGCAUCAGUGCCAGCACCUGCAGCAGUAACGGGAGGAUGGAGGGGCCGCCCCCGACCUACAGCGAGGUGAUGGGCCACUACCCAGGAGCCUCUUUCUUCCAUCACCAGCACAACAGCACGCACAGCGGGGGCAGGCUGCUGCUUCAGCACGACGGCUCGGGGGGCACCGUGGUGCCCAUCCAGGGCAAGGACAGGAAGCCUGGGAAUCUCGUCUGA